GUGAAGAAAUGAUGUUCAGAUAAGUUAUCCCAAAGCCAGUCACUGGUGCUCGUUGCAGCAAUGCCCACUUUAAAUCUCUUCACAAAUGUGCCUGUUGACACCGUAGUUGCUUCUGACAUUCUCAGAGAUGCCACAAAAGCUGUUGCAAAGAUCAUCGGAAAACCGGAAUCCUAUGUGAUGAUUUUGUUGAAUGGGGGAGUGCCCAUUGAAUUUGCUGGAACUGAAGAGCCAGCUGCUUAUGGAGAAUUGAUCUCAAUUGGGGGCCUUGGUCCUAGUGUAAAUGGAAAAUUGAGUUCUACCAUUGCAGAAAUUCUUCAAACUAAGCUUUAUAUUGACAGUUCACGAUUUUAUAUCAAGUUUUAUGAUGUUCAGCGCUCAUUCUUUGGGUUCAAUGGCUCAACCUUUUGAUGUAACUUUCUUUCUAGGCAUAGAUUUGUGGAGUUUCACGGGGAAAAAAUCAUCUUCAUUUGGAUUAUUGUAAUUCUGUAUGCAUGUUUGUAUUCAUGAAUACAGUAGUUUAUUGAAUGGGAAAAAGCGUCUUCCUUUCUUCC